AUGUUCUUCGGUUUCCCAAAUCCACCCGCCACCACUCGAACAGCCAGCAACGACCUCUUCGCCGCCGUGGAUAUCGGCACUAACUCUUUCAAACUGACAGUCAUCCGCACCGAUCCCUCUUCCGGCCGAUUUCUCACCCUCAAUCGCCUCAAAGAACCGGUCCUGCUCGGCCUCGACACCACCACUACCACUGCAUCCGCCUCCACCAUCUCCGCCGAGUCUCUUGACCGCGGGAUCUCCGCUAUCCGUAAAUUCCAGAUUUUUCUCUCCUCACAGCGUCUCCCUUCUCUGCAUCUCCGUCUCGUCGCCACAUCCGCAGUCCGCGAAGCCUCUAACAAAUCCCAAUUCACAACAGCGGUCAAGGACGCCCUGGGUCUCCACGUGGAUAUCAUCUCCGGCACCGAAGAGGCUCGCCUCAUUUACCUCGGUGUGCUGCAGUUCUUCCCGGUUUUCACCUCCACGGUGCUGACGAUCGAUAUUGGUGGCGGCUCUACAGAGUUCACCGUGGGGUUUAAGGGGAAUGUGUUGUUUUCUAAAUCCUUAAGAUUAGGACACGUCACCUUAACUCAACAAUUCAGUGAUGUUGCGAAAAUGAGAGAGCACAUCCAGAACGAGCUGGAAACCUCCGGCUUGGUUGAGAAAAUUAAUGGGUUCAAUAUAGAUGUCGCAAUAGGUUCGUCUGGUACGAUCAAGGCUAUUGAUAAGGCCGUGUGCAGAGGCUAUGCUCUCAAGGUGGAGGAAAAUAUCGGGCCUUUUGAGGAACACGUGAGAAGGGAGUGGAGGUUUACUAGGGAUGAACUGAGGUGUUUAGUGGACAGGUUGUGUGAUGAUGAUAGGGAAAUGGUGGGGAAAGUGAAGAGGGAGGAAUUUUUCAAAAGGCGGGCUGCCUUCAUUAUUGCUGGAGCUGUUUUACUAGAUGAGAUAUUUAAGAUUCUUGCCAUAGAGACAAUGGAUGUCUCGGGUUAUGCAUUAGGAGAAGGGGUGAUUGCAGAGAUGUUGGGGCAUUCUUUCGAGGGUUAUGAUCUGAACACGAACGCGAGAUGGAGGUCUGUUUUCAGACUGGCUUCGAGGUUCAACAAUAAGAAGAGGAUGAAGGCUGCCACCACGUGUCUCGCAGUUGCAAGGGAGAUUUUUGGAGGCUUGGAGAAAUGGAAAGGGUUCCGCUAUGGAGGGAGUCAUGAAGAUGGGCUUUCGGCAACGUUGGAUGAUAGGGAUCUCGAGUAUCUUGAUGCUGCUUGUUUGCUCCACAAUAUUGGCCUAUAUGCUGGCAAGAAGGGCUAUCAUAAGCAGUCUUAUAGCCUUAUCCUGGUAGAUCUUUGUUCAGAGUUGUUGCAGUUGACAGUUUUAAGCUUCCAGCUAAUAGCAAUGCUUGUAAGAUACCAUAGAAAGAAGCUACCAAAGCAGGGUGUUCUCAAAGGAUCUGCAGAAGAGGCAAAGCUGAAAUUCAGAAUCCUCUGUACAAUUAUGCGGGUCUCUUGUGCAGUGCAGCAAUGUCUUCCUGUGAAUUUUCAGUUCGUGGAAUUUUCAUGUUCUCCUGAAGGUUUCAAAUUGGUACUCUAUGUGGGUGAUCCAAGAAAUCUAUCUCUGGACACUGUGCAGCCAUUAGCAGGGAAUAUCAAUUUGUUGAUGGAGAAGGAAUUGGAUCACUUUAGGAUGGUAUUCAAACAAAAUUUGCAUAUUUUGGUUUCUUCAGUCGUUUCUUGA